AUGGAUGACUCUGGAUCAGAAGAUGUUGGAGUGGUAGCUGGGGGAUCAGAAGACGACAGAUCUGUGUUUGAGACUAUCGACCAAGAUAAUUACUGUGCUGUGACGAACCACUGCUCUGAAAGAAUCUCUAUCUCUUUGAUUCUCAUUAACUUGGCGGCUAUAAUGGAACGUGCGGAUGAGAAUGUCCUACCGUCGGUUUACAAGGAAGUUAGUGAAACUUUUAAUGCCAGCCCAUCUGAUCUUGGAUAUCUUACAUUCAUAAGAAACUUUGUCCAGGGAUUAUGUUCACCCUUGGCUGGUAUCCUAGUUCUUAGUUACGACCGUCCUAAAGUUCUUGCGGGGACCUUUUGUUGGGCUCUUUCAACAGCUGCUGUUGGUAUUUGUCUCGAGUUAAAGCAAGUUACAUUCUGGAGAGCCGUGAAUGGCUUUGGCUUGGCUAUUGUGAUUCUACCACUCCAAUCUUUCAUUGUUGAUAGCUUUAUGGAUGGUGUUCGGGGUGUGGGAUUCGGCUUGUUAAGCCUCAUUGGUUCCUUGGGAGGCAUUAGAGGUGGUGUCCUUGCAACGGUUAUGGUUGGUCAACAGUAUUUUGGCGUAGAAGGAUGGCGUUGUGCUUUCAUUCUGAUGGCUACAUUGAGUGCAAUAAUCGGUAUCCUUGUUUACAUGUGUGUAGUUGAUCCUAGAAAAACAAUUAACAACAUUCAGAAGAGUCCAUAUAGGGAUAAUUUGAUAGACCAAACCUUACCUAAUUCAUCAUCAAUAUGGUUCGAAUCCUGGACUGCUUUGAAAGCUGUUAUGAAAGUGCAUACAUUUCAAAUCAUUAUUCUGCAGGGCAUAGUUGGAUCACUGCCUUGGACAGCCAUGGUGUUCUUCACUAUGUGGUUCGAACUAAUUGGUUCCAGCCAUAACGGUACUGCAGUUCUACUUAGUCUUUUCGUUGUCGGGUAUGCAUUGGGGUGUCUCCUAGGUGGUUUAAUUGCAGAUAGGCUGACGAAGAUAUAUCCUCAUUCUAGUCGAAUCAUGUGUGCUCAAUUCAGUGCUAGUAUGGGCAUACCAUUCUCAUUGCUCCUCCUCCAACUCAUUCCGCAGUUUGUUGAUAGCCUUCUCAUCUUCGGUGUUACUCUUUUUCUGAUGGGCUUAACAAUCAGCUGGAAUGGCAUUGCUGUAAAUGCCCCCAUAUUUGCUGAGGUUGUCCCAAUCAAACACCAAACCAUGAUAUACGCAUUUGACCGAGCGUUUGAAGGUUCAUUUUCAUCGUUUGCUGCUCCUCUAGUUGGUAUUCUCUCAGAGAAAAUGUUCGGGUACGACGACACAGCUGGAGCUUCGUUACUGAAGGCUCUUGCACUGUCAAAGGGACUUCUCACAAUGAUGACAGUUCCUUUUGGCGUUUGUUGUCUUAACAAGGCAAAAGAGAAUCUUAUGGCAUUCUAUAAGGCACAGUAUAAUAUUGAUCAAGCAUUGCAAAAAGAUACUUCCUUUAGACGAUGGGUGGGUUAUGGGAUCAUGUUAUUUUUAGUUGUUUUUAGUAUGCACAUUUGA